AUGGAGUCACUACUAUCGCUCGCUUUCGACAACCUCUCCGCCUUCGAGCCGGCAAAGAUCAAGAAAGGCCUAAAACAGGUCGAGGGCUUGCUCGCCCAAAUAUGCUUAUCAGGCCCGGCCAAGAGGGAACAAGAUGCGGCUGCGGCCGGGGAACAGGCACAACUACAGCGCAAGGGCCUAGGCGACCUCGCUGGUGACCCAGCCUUUCGUGAGUUCUUCAAGCUACAGGAGGGGUUCGAAUGGAACGUCGCCCAGCGGCUGCUCACAACCCUCGACUUUCUGGUGGCCCGAGGCGGCGAGGGGCAGUAUGACUUGCUUAUCCUCAAUGCUUUGGACCUGAUCCAAGGUGUUCUCCUUCUACACCCACCCAGCAAGGUCCUUUUCUCGAGGGCUGCGCACAUGAAUCUCCUCCUCGAUCUGAUAGAACCCGUCAACACCCCGGCCAUACAAUGCGCAACCAUCAUCACCCUCGUCGUCGCCCUCCUCGACUCCCCCGCCAACGUCCGCGUCUUUGAACGUCUUGACGGCCUUCUGACCGUGGCAUCUCUUUUCAAGAGCAGAGAAACCGGCCGCGAAGUCAAGUUCCGCCUAACCGAGUUCCUAUACUUCUACCUUACCCCCGAAGCGCCUCCCGCUUCCAUGGCGUCGUCACCAACAUCGUCAUCAACACCCACAUCACCGACGAGGGACAGGGCCGGUAGCGAUACAGCUAGCCAACAAAGCAGUGGCAGCAAAACCAACGGGGGCGUCACGCUGUCGGUGGAUGUCAAGAAGAGAAAGCUUGAUCAACAUCUUCCGGGUGUCGUUGAUGCCUUGUUGAGAGAUUUGGAUCGAUAUAAGCCUUUUGGUGGAGUGUUGAGCUGA